AUGCCGCCCAAAACUUCUGUAUUCCCCUAUCGUCGGAGCUCAAAUGCCUCAGAGAGCGACUUCUUCGACAUUCCCGACGAACCAUGUCUUUCCAUUGCUAAGCGACAGCUACGACGUCUCCGAACAUGGGCUGCAGUAGCCAUCCUCCUCUUAUUUGUCUUAUGGUAUCGCCGUGAACGUCCCCCGCCGCUGCCCCUACCGCACAUUCACUACGACGAGGUCGACUGGUCACGCUUCGCUUAUACCCAAUACGCCACCAAUGAGGUCUAUCUAUGCAAUUCGCUGAUGGUCUUCGAGGCCCUCGAGAGACUGGGCAGUAAAGCCGAGCGCGUGCUGUUCUAUCCCGAGCAAUGGGAUCUCAUUGUCGAGGAUGAAUUCGAUCGCGUCAGUGAGCUAUUGCUCAUUGCUAGGAAUAAGUACCAUGUAAUGGUGAUUCCAAUUAAAAUUGAAGGGGCCGAAGAUCCUAGAGGUAUUGGUUCUAAAGCCUCAUGGCAAACGAGUCUCACGAAACUGAUGGCCUUCGGCGAAUCAAACUACGACCGCGUCAUUCACCUCGACUCGGACGUUAUCCUUCUCCAAACUAUGGAUGAACUCUUCUUCCUUCCUCCUGCGACUGUCGCCAUGCCUCGCGCAUACUGGCUACUACCUGAGAAAUCUCUGUCUUCCCUCCUCGUUGUCAUCGAGCCUUCGUUCCGGGAAUACAAACGCAUCACCGGUGAUGCCGUACCCGCUCAAAACGGCCAGAUCGAAGUGAACCAAACAGACCACCGCUACGAUAUGGAUUUGUUGAAUGCACGAUACGGAGACUCGGCAAUGGUUCUCCCUCACCGCCAGUAUGGCCUGCUUUCCGGCGAAUUCCGCACAAAAGAUCAUCGGAGGUUCCUGGGUAACGACGAUGAAGUCUGGGAUCCGGAUCAUGUCCUUGCGCAGGCGAAAUUCGUUCAUUUCUCGGAUUGGCCUCUGCCUAAGCCUUGGAUUAUGUGGCCGCAGGAGCUGUUGGCGGCCGAACAGCCAAAGUGUGAUCAUGAGCCCGGGACGCCACGAGAGAGUGGUUGUCGGGAUCGGGAGAUCUGGAAAAUGAUUUAUGAUAAGUAUCGCAGACAGCGAAAGGAUACGUGUAAACUGUUGAGUUACCCGGCGCCUGUCUGA